AAUGCUAACGCGCAAAUGUAACACACAACGCUCCCUGUGGUCGCCAGACCGAGGCUCGUUCUGCUGCCGCUCACUGGCACAGCAUUUCCACCGCGCUCUCCCCUGCGCUGCGACAUACCACCCACGAUGAGCGCCGGCUACGCAGACGACAUGGACUCGCUGCCCGUCUUCUACAUCGGCCAGCACGAGAGCAAGCGCGCGCUGGACGUGUCGGCCGAGCUCGUGCACCACGCGCAGGACCUGGGCUAUGACAUGCUCUCGAGCCCCAUUACCAACGACCACUUCCACACCCGCGUCCUCGGCCUGCUGCGUUCCUACACCCACGCCGCCUCGAGCGCUGCCCAGCCGCUGCCGCUCCCGCUCAUCGCCGCCCUCGAGAGCCUCGACACCCCGCUGGGCCCGGCCGAGACCAUCAGCCAGCUGGUCACGUACUCGAGCUCGUGGAUCGACCUCUCCUCCCCGGACCCCGUCAUCGCGCACCUCUCGCGCCAGGUGCUGCACCUCGAGGUCGCCUAUGCAUCCUUCUGCGGCGCCGUCAACAUGGUCGUGCCUGGCCCGCGCCUCUCCCACGGCCAGAAUGGCGUGGCACAGUAUGCACGCGCACUCAAGGAGGCCAUGUCCACCGGCGCAUACGUCCAGUUCCACAUCCUCAUGCCUGUGGACGGCACCAAGACUGCAGUCGACGACCAGGAAGAGCUGGGCGACCUCAAGCGCUUCGCGAGGCCCGAGUUUGGCGCACAGCAGAACAGCAGCACAGAUGUCUGGAGCUCGUGGGAGGCUUGGAACACGAUCAGGUCGAUCUGCAAGUACCACUCCAGACUGUCACUCGCUCUCGAGCUGCCACGCAAGCUGCCCUCCCUGGCGAUACAGGCGCGCUGGUUCUCUGAGCCUGUCCGUCUCGUCACCAUACCCUCUGCGUCCUUCCUCGUCAACGCCCGGGGAUCGUUCGUGCUGUCCAAAGCACACCAAUGGUUCCUCUUCCGCUUCGCGCGUCUGCGCUCGUCUCCGUGGCUGUUGCUGUCAGACAUUGGCCCGCUGCCGGGCAUCGAUGACCCCGACAUGAUCAUGUCCUACUCGACCGGCCAUCUGUCACCUUCGACCGCCGAGGACGCUGAUCCGUCCGCUGAGCCCACGCCCGCCGAGGCAGCGCAGCUGAAGAAGAAAGCUGCGAAGGUCAGUAGCAGCGGCAGCGGCGGCAGCGGCGGCGGCAGCAGCAGCAGCGACCCGACGCCGCACCUCAGCUACCUGCGCUACCUCCAGCGCAACCAGCCCCCGAAGAGCCAGAUCGAGCGGUUCGGCGGAGGAUUCCAGGACUAUCUGCAGAGUCCGUUGCAGCCUCUGUCCGACAACCUCGAGUCCAUCACCUACGAAGUCUUCGAGAAGGACCCCAUCAAGUAUGCCUGGUACGAACGUGCGACUGCGCAAGCCUUGAAGGAUUGGCACAGCCAGAAAAAGUCCACCAGCUCGGACAACGGUGCCGUAGUUGUUGCUGUGGUUGGUUCAGGUCGCGGUCCGCUCGUCACGCGGGCAUUGAAUGCCAGCGCCAGCAGCGGCGUGCCUGUCAAGGUCUACGCAAUCGAGAAGAAUCCCAACGCCUAUGUCCUGCUGCAGCGACGCAACAUGGACACCUGGGGUGGCCGGGUUACUGUAGUCAAGACAGACAUGCGCGCCUGGAAAGGACCAUCGCAGCCAGACGGCACGUUCGGCAAGGUGGACAUCUUGAUCAGCGAGCUGCUGGGUAGCUUUGCCGACAACGAGCUGUCUCCCGAGUGUCUCGACGGCGUCCAGCAUGUCCUCAACACUGAGCACGGCAUUUCGAUACCAUCCAGCUACACGGCGCAUUUCACACCACUCGCGACGCCGAAGCUCUGGGCAGACAUCCACGGCCGCAGCACCAGCGUUGACCCCAAUGCUUUUGAUAUUCCGUGGGUUGUUAUGCUUUCGCAGUUUGACUACCUUUCCACCACCACCACGGCCGAGACCAGCGCCUCCCAGCAACUGACCAACGGCACUAAGAUGAACCAUUUCAACCUGGAGGCCCCUCUUGCGCCCAUCGUCCGCACGGCCUGGGAGUUCUCGCAUCCCCUGCCACCCAGCGUACUCACGCAGUCAGCCUUGCGUAGGGGCGGAUCUGCAGUGGGUGGUGGAGGUGGCUUCAUUGGCGGCGAUGGUGCCAACGAGCACAACUACCGAGACUGCAGGAUCUCCUUCCCCAUCCGCGAACAGGGCGUGUGCCACGGUCUCGGCGGUUACUUCGAGACGGUGCUUUACAGCGGCUCUGAAGGGCCUGUCGAGCUGUCAACAAAUCCGGUGACAAUGGACGCCAAAUCUAAGGACAUGAUUUCUUGGUUCCCCAUAUUCUUCCCGCUGAAGACACCCAUGCAUUUGCCCGCGGGCUCCGAGGUCGAGGUCAGCAUGUGGCGCCAGACAGACGAUCGGAAGGUGUGGUACGAGUGGCUUGUCGAGAGUUUCAUGACGGUCAACGGGCAGAGGAUCGGGCUUGGCGUAUCUGACUUGCACUCGAGCAAGAGCAGUGGAUGCUUGAUGUAGACAUGACAGAAUACCCAAAAGUUGUCC